AUGGAAGUCCAGGUGCAGAGAACCACCGUCUUGAACCACCCCGCCGGCGCCGGCGAUUCCCGGGAAAUACCGCUUACCAUCUUCGACCGCUUCGCGUCCAACAUCAACAUCGCCGUCCUGUUCGCCUUCUCCGCCCCCGUCCCUUCCAACCACCAGCUAAUCCAUGCGCUCUCCAACGCCCUUUUGCACUUCCCCCUCCUCACCGCGCGCCUCUCCCCUACCCACCUCAUCCUCCCUGGCUCCGGCGCCCUCGUCGUCGAGGCCACCGUCGACGGCGUCGAGCUUGCGGAUAUUCUCCCCUUCAAACCGACCCCUGACUUCCUCCUCCACCACCCGCCCACCGACGGUCCCGCCCGCCACGUGCUUCAGAUCCAGCUCAACCGCUUCCCGUGCGGCGGCCUGGUGGCCGCCGCCACCGCGCACCACCGCAUCGCCGACGGCCAGUCCAUGGGGGCCUUUUUCGCGGCCUGGGGCCGCGCCGCGCGCGGAGAGCCCAUCCCGCCGCCGCUCCAUGACCGGUCCUGGCUCCGGCCUCGCUCCCCGCCGGCGUGCGAGUUCGACCACUGGGACGUCGAGUUCGUGAGCGACGGAUGCAUCAAGGACUUCGCCGACUCGUACCGUAACAGCGUCGACCCCAGCCGCAUCACCAACGUGCUCCUCCACUACACCGGCGAGUUCCUCGCCAAGCUCAAAGCAGAGAUGAGAAACAAGAAGCUGACGACGUUCGAGACGUUGCUGGGGCACCUGUGGCGCCUGAUCACGGCGGCGCGGGGCCUCGAGGAAGACGUCAAGACAAUGAUGCGGGUGACAGUGAACGGAAGGCAGCGGAUGCGGCCGCCGGUGCCGAACGAGUUCUUCGGGAAUCUGGUGCUGAACGCGUACCCAGCCACGGCCGCCCGGAAGCUGGUGGAGGGCGGGACAGAGGGAGCAGCGGAGGUGGUGCACGAGGCGAUAAGGAAGGUGGACGGCAGGUACUUCCAGUCGGUGGUGGACUUCGGUGAAGUGCUCAGGAAACAGGGGAGGGAGGAACUGGUGCCGGUGUAUGACGCGAACGAGGGGAACGUGCUGUCGCCGGAGCUGGAGGUGGACAGCUGGCUCAGAUUUGGCUUCGAGGAGGUUGAUUUCGGCAGCGGAGGGAGGCUGUGCGGCUUCCUGCCGACGUGGCUGCCGUGGGAGGGGCUUGUGAUAUUUCUGCCGGCGGUGGAGGGCGGGGGAGGAGUCAACGCCGUGGUGACGUUACUGGAGGAGCACGCGGCGGAGCUGAGGAAGAUAUCGCAUUCACUAGAUUAA